GUGGGGGGCGGCGGAGGUCGGGAGGGUCGAACCCGCCAUGGGCCAGGGUGACGACGAGGAGCGCGUCGUGCUGAACGUCGGCGGCGUGAGGCACGAGACGUACCGCGGCACGCUACGCACGCUGCCCGGUACGCGGCUCGCGCGCCUCGCCGAGCAGGCGGAGGGCGCGGGCCACGACUUCUUCUUCGACCGGCACCCGGGGGUCUUCGCGCACAUUCUCAACUACUACCGCACCGGCAAGCUGCACUGCCCGGCGGAUGUGUGCGGGCCGCUCUACGAGGAGGAGCUCUCCUUCUGGGGCAUCGACGAGACGGACGUGGAGCCUUGCUGCUGGAUGACGUACCGUCAGCACCGCGAGGCCGAGGAGGCGCUCGUGAGCUUCGGCGGCGCGGCGCCUCUGGACACCGGGCACAGGCACGAGCUGGAGGUGGAGGUGGCCGCUGAUGGCACGCACGAGGCAGCCGACGGCGACGAGGGUGCCGAAAUGACGCGCAGGCUCGCGCACGGGGACGCGGCGGACGCCAGGGGUGGCCGCUGGAAACGCUGGCAGAAGAAGAUGUGGGCGCUCUUCGAGGACCCCUACUCGUCUCGAUACGCGCGGUGGGUGGCAUUCGCAUCUCUGUUUUUCAUCUUGGUGUCCAUCACAACUUUCUGUCUGGAGACCCAUGAGGCCUUUAACCCCAUCAUCAACCGGACAGAGUAUGAUGUGGUAGACAAUGAAAUUGUGGAACGAAAUGUCCCCCAGACUGAGACCAUGGUGCAGCUUACGUACAUUGAGGGGGUCUGUGUUGUGUGGUUUACCUUUGAGUUCUUAAUACGAAUCACGUUCUGUCCCGACAAACUCAAGUUUGUAAGAAACGCCCUCAACAUUAUUGACUUUGUAGCCAUUCUACCUUUCUACCUGGAAGUGGGACUAAGUGGCCUGUCCUCCAAAGCUGCGAAAGAUGUGCUAGGGUUCCUGCGUGUGGUGCGCUUUGUCCGUAUCCUCCGUAUCUUCAAGCUGACUCGUCACUUUGUGGGUCUUCGCGUCCUGGGGCACACUCUCCGAGCCAGCACCAACGAAUUCAUCCUGCUCAUUAUCUUCCUCGCCCUCGGAGUCCUCAUCUUUGCCACCAUGAUUUAUUAUGCUGAAAGGAUUGGAGCCAAUCCCAAUGACCCCCGUGCUAGUGAACAUACCUAUUUCAAGAACAUUCCUAUCGGCUUCUGGUGGGCUGUGGUUACAAUGACGACACUUGGCUACGGAGAUAUGUAUCCUAAGACAACAUCAGGCAUGUUGGUGGGCGCACUUUGUGCUCUGGCUGGUGUGCUGACCAUCGCCAUGCCAGUGCCUGUCAUUGUCAACAAUUUUGGCAUGUAUUAUUCUCUGGCAAUGGCAAAACAAAAACUACCAAAGAAAAAGAACAAGCAUAUCCCCCGGAUUCCCCCACUGGGCUCACCAAACUACUGUAAGUCAGUCAUUAACUCUCCAAGACCCAGUACACACAGCGAGACCUGCCCUCUGGCCCAGGAAGAAGUCUCUGAGAUUAGAUACCAAGAUUUUAAAGUAAAUGGAGAGCCAUCUAAAGCAGCCCUGGCCAAUGAGGACUGCCCGCACAUUGACCAGGCAGUGUCACCUGAGGAAGUUUUUAGCCCUGUAGACCGUGAGAGACCUUGCUUUCUGCUCACCUCCGGAGAACGGGGCAAUCACAUAGGGGGAAGAGUCAGGAAGGAAGCCCAGCGAGUGAGCCGAAGCAGACAACCAACAGAGUCAGUGUGUGUUAUGAACCAUGGUGUGCCAACCACUAUGUGUGUCAACCAUAAAGCCACAUCUCCCACCUGAUAGUGCUGUAGGGUGUGUGUAUGUAUGUGUGUGUGUGUGUGUGUAGGUGCGUGAGUAAAUGUUUUUCUCACAUGUAAGUGUGUGUGUGUGUUAGCGUGUGUAAGUGUGUUUGAGUGUGUGUGUACAGUAGAUCAGCAUUAUUUCUAAGUGACAGAGACAAACUCAGCGUAGAUGUAGCACAGAGAAGCUGUUGUUGUUCAGCCAUGUGUAUCUCUGUUCCGUGAGUGGUAAUUGUGCUGUUGUACUGUGUAAAGUGCCUAUUGUUUUUGGGGUGUGUGUACGUGUGUAUGUGUCCGUGUUGUAUACAGUGCUUUUGUGUGCUGGUGCAUCAAAUACGUGACUUCAGUUUUUUUACUUUCUUCUUUCUUUCCCUCCUUAAGUGAUCAGAUGCUCUGUUUUUUGCUGUGCCUCCGUUUUAAUGUUGUAAGAUGUUGCUCCAGUUUGUAUCACCGUGAUUGACUAGUACACAUUCUCUCCAGUCAUGACCAAGUAGGGAGAAGCUCAUUAUGCAGAGAAACACCUUUUCCCUGUGAUAUUUUUUAUUUUCUUUACCUAUAGUAGCAACUGCUUAGUAAAUGCCUUUUGCACACUUUGCACCUCUUCACUUUUACAUUGCUUUCAGUAGAGCAAGGAAUCACCAGCCCUCCUCCUGGAGAUCUUCUGUCCCACAGGUUUCAUCUCCAACGCAAAGAUUCAUUUAAAAGUUUGGGCACACCUGAUCAUUUUCACUAUUUUCCUUUAUAAAUCAUUGGUUGUUUGGAUCAGCUAAUAUAUCAUAUAGCAGAUAAACACAGUGAUGAAAUUAAGUUUAUAGGAUUUACAGAAAGUGUAUAAAUCUUUUAAAUCUUUUAAAAUAAAAUUAGGCAGGUGCAUAAAUUUGGGCACCCUAACAGAAAAAAUACAUUACAUAUUUAGUAGAACCUUCUUUUCUAGAAAUAACAGCCUCUAAACGCUUCCUAACAGCUUCCAAUGAGAGUCUGGCUCUGAAGGUAUUUUGGACCAUUCAUCUUUACAAAACAUUUCCAGUUCAGUCAGGUUUGAUGGUUUUCGAGCAUGGACAUCCCGCUUUAAAUCACAGAUUUAUAAUAAUAUUCAGGUCUUAGGGAUGAGAUGAUCAUUUCAGAACAUUUCCUCAUAGUGGAACUGACAGCUGAAAUCUCUGAGAAAGCUUUUUGUAUCCCUACAACCAAUGAUUUAUAAAAAAUUAUCAGGAGUGCCCAAACUUUUUCAUACCGCCUUAUAUAACAUACUACUAUUGUAUUGUACAUUAUAAUUAACUACAAAGGUAAGUUUACACUUUUUGAGCAAUGCUAGAAAUUUUCAUUCCAUGUGCCACAGUUACAUUCUAGCACCUCAUUCAGCUAAUCAAGGGCUGUAUCCAAAAUUUUAAUAAACGUUUUAAUAAACUUUCUGUGAGAGUAAACUAAGUUGAACUUCAACUUAGUUUAUAUAUUUCUAUUCCACCUUAAAUUCUCCUAUCCAGGGCUGUGUACAGAAUCCCAUGUUGCUUGCUAUAUUAAAAUGUAUUUGACAGUUGAUAAUUACAGUAGGUACUGCAGCAGUAUUCCUGGCCAAACACCCCCAGAAUUGGGCUAAGAGGCUAAAGUUGGCUUACUUUUCAAAGUUUACAUUAAAUAAGGGUCCUUAUGCCUUUAAAUAGUUAUUUACACUCACACAAACAUGCUUAUUUAGGGUUCAAAGUAUCCAUGGUAUUUUAAAUGUACUGUAGUAGUUUGUGGUUUUAAGAAAAGGUUAGAGCAGAUUAUGAUGUACAACUUUUUUAUCUACUUUCCAUUCCACCUUAAAUAGUAACAGUUACAUUCAGCAAAUCAAGGGCUGUGUCCACAAUCCCAAACGGACACAUCAAACAGUAUGCGCCAUUCAGUGCUAUUAAAAACAGUAUUUAACACCACUAAAAGUGACUUCUUUACAACAGUAAGUACAGAAGUAGUAUGUGGUUUUGAAAGCAGCCAAACACUUCAGCAUUGGGGUGAACUUUCCAUUCCACCUUAUAUGCUGUAAACGUUCAGCUAAUCCAGCAUUUAGCUUCUUAUUUUGAAAUUCCUGUUCCACCUUAAACGUUUCAUUUACAGCGUUUCAAGUAUGGCAACUUGGUUUUGGUUCUCUGUAUUCCACCUUAAAUGGCUCCAUCCUGCCACCUCAUUCAGCUGAUCCAGAGCUAGUUACAGAACCUCACACCGUAAAUACCAAAAGUGCUUUAAUUAUCCCUGAUGCUGCCAAAAUCCUCAGCAUUGUGGUAAAGUUUCCAUUCCACCUUAAAAAAAGUGUAACCAUUAGGAUCUGACGUCAUGUUUAGCUAAUCCAGCAGUAAUUAAAGGGUUAGCUUCUUUUUUUGAAAUCCACCUUAAACAUUUCAUUUUCAGCUGAUGUUAUGUAAUUGACUCAGAAAAUACAGAUUAGUUUAAGAAUUAGUUUGAUCUAUGAGGUAAAUAUUGGUUUAUUUUUCCAAACUUCCACCUUAAAUUAUGCCACAGUUACAUUCUAUCAAUUUAUUCAGUCUGUAAAAUAUAGAACAUCACAAUUAAGACAUUCAUUAAUUACAGUAAUAAGUACAGUAUAGUAGUAUGUGAUUCUGGAUGUGGAGGGGUACGUUGUCAACCUUGUUUUGGUUAGCUGUAAUCCACUUUAAAUGGUUCCAUUCUGGCACCUCAUUUAGCUAAUCCAGGGCUGGUUCCAAAAUCUCACACUACAAAUACCAGAAGUGCAUUAUCCUCGAUGCUGCCAAAACCCCCAGUAUUGGGGUGAACUUUCUAUUCCACCUUAAAUAGUGUAACCGACCUGACACCACAUUCAGCUAAUCCUGCACUUCUGAGACAGCAAUUAAAGUGAUAUGAGUUAGCCUCUUGUUUUGAAAUUCCUUUUCCACCAUAAACAUUUCAUUUUAGGUGCUGGAAUGUAACUGACUCAAAUUAUAAGCUAACUUCAGCUUUGUGGUUGGAUUAAGGUUGGAGCUGAAGUCUAGAUCUCCCGGAGCAGGGCUGGUGACCUCAGCGGUAGAGCAUAAAAUAGUGUGAAAUCAUUUGUAGCUUAAUACUUAGGCUGGUAAUGUUCCCGUGAGUCUAAAGGGGAAAUGAAAAAUCUAGUUUGCGCUUCACUACACACUUGAUUUGGCUGACAGAACAACAACAGGACCAAACCUCUUAUUCUCAAUGAAUGAAUAAAAGUCCUUUAUUGUGUGCGCCGAACAAGCUUUUAUGAAAAGUGUAACAAAAAAUGCCUCGUUUGCUGUUGAAACUUGUGCCUGCGAGAGCAGUGGAUAAAUAAAGAGGCCACAGACUGUCUGGAUCGUUCUGUCUCUCUGGCAGAAAGAGCUGUGUGACAGAACGUUAACUAUCAGACAAUCCCGCACAACAGGCAACGAAGUUCUAAUGCUGAUUCUUGUAGAUGUACUUAAAGCAAUUCUGAAACAUACAGGGUUUUAUUAGACAGGUGAAAAAAUGAAAGGAAACAAUACUGUGUCUUAGGUUUAUUUCAAAAUUUAUUUUCCAUUGUUGUGAAAAUGUACAGUAUACCCAGUUCUUUGGGACCAACCUACAACACUGCCAGUCAUAUCUUUGGGGAUGUCUACGUCAAACCCUUCACUGACAAUAUGCUGGACCGCCCAUUGACCCAACACCACAAGUCCACAAAUCUGUGUAAUAGAAUACAACUCUUUUUGAUGAACAACAAACAGUGAAAACAAAGCACAGUGCAAAGUCCGCUCCAGUUUUGGUAUAAAGCACCAUAAAAUCAACCUAACAUCUUCUAACAGUUAUCUUGAUGUUUCAGUUGAAAUGGCAGCUCAUCAGUAUCCAGUUAAGAAUUUACUGACUGGUUUAAAAGAAAUUAAAAUUAGUUUCUAACAGUUUACCAGGCGGGGUUCACUCUCCUGUUACUCCACUAACACAGACAUCCCACUGUUUGUGCUGUUCCGUGAGACGUCCCGUGUAUGUUUCAUGCACCGUGCAGUGCAUAGUGUGGUUAUUUAUAAAAAAAAAAAAAACAAGAUGUUGUUUUUAUUGACGGUUUGAUUUGUUAAAUCAAUUUUGUGUCUUUUU